CAGGAUCUAGUCAAUAUCAACAACGUAAACGACGACCAGUAUACGAACUACCUUGUGCCUUGGCCUCUUCGGUUUCGUUGCAUGAUAGUUCUGGGUUGUUAGAAUGUGAAACUAAAGAGCGACAAACAAUAUGGCAUGCAGAUAGUAAUUUAGCAAAAAAUCGUCUUCCCCUGUACAAUAGUUUUUUUCCUGAAUUAAUUCAAAUUCAAACACAUUUAGAAGAUUUUUCUUUAUGUGAAAAGCAUUAUAAUCAACUUAUCGUGUCUGAUUUCUUACGACAACAAGCUCGUACAGAGCAUGCUUAUAAAAUAGAAGUUGAAAAAAAUACUUGCGAAAUUGGCAUUCAAACUGACGAGUUUAGUAAUAAAAAUACCCGUGAUAUUGGCAUACAAGUAACUGAUAACAUGUCGCAUACCCUUGAAAAUUAUAUUAAUAUACUUCAAACGCAAUUGAGUAUAAAAAUGAAUGAGAUAGAAAACCUUCAAAAACAAUUAGACUAUGCAUAUGAUUAUGUAAUAGAGAGUUGGGAACGAAUUCAGGAAAUAAAUAAAAUAAAUAAAGAGCUAUCCGACCAAAAUAAUGCAUUAAAAUAUUGUUGGGAAAAUCGUUAUAAUAAUCAAAAAAAAAGAAUUGAUUCGAUAGUUCAAAUUGCAAAUUAUGAACGUCAAAAUUGUAAAAAAUGCAAUACGACCAAUAUAGAUAAUAAAAAACGUACUUGUCCUAACUGUAAUAAAAAAUUGGAUACAUUAGCUGCCUUACAAGCUGAAUCAGCUAAUGAAUUAAUUCAGCUUCUUAUUUAG